UACCACUAGUGCCACAGAACGUUUCAGUACAAUAUAAAAAGUGCACAACAACACGAAAAUAGUUGAAAUUCUUCAUUAUUCAUUUAAAAAAAAAUUAUAUAGAUAAAUAAUUAAAAUUUUGUGUGAUUUGAAAAAAAAAUCUACAGAUUGUGACCUAUGCCCAGCCAAACUAGGAAAUUUUCCUCACGAAUCUAAUUUGAGGUUAGAGGGCAGAUAGACCACGAUCAUGUACAGUUUCGCAAGAUCCUGCCUUCGAAAUACACCGGUUCACUCAAAAAAUAUUCUUCGCCAAGAAAAAAGAUUUGCGGGACACAGUAAAUGGCAGAAUAUAAAACAUACCAAAGCAGAAAAAGAUGGGGAAAAAUCGCUGAUGUUUGCGUCUUAUGUGAAGAGAAUGAAGAUCGCUAUAGCCGAGGGAAAAAGUCAUAAGCCCUUGGAAAACCUCAAGCUAGCCCAAAUAAUAGAGGAAGCGAAAAAGAAGUGCGUACCCGCUGCGACUAUAGCAGGAGUUCUCGAAAAAGCGGAAAAAUCAAAGACGAAAACACAAUCGGAUUUAGUGGACUUCAGAGGCCCCGGUGGCUCAAUUUUCAUUGUGAAAAUUCUCUCUGAGAAUCCAGUCGCGUUAAGAAUGAACUUGAAUACAGUGUUCAAGAAGAAUCAUUGCGUUGUUGCGGACGGAAAAUUGCGAAAUGUUUUCGAUCAUCGAGGGGUGAUCGUAACAGAGGCACAGAAGGAUACGGAUGGUGCCACUGAUGAUGCCAUUGUUGUGGGUGCUGAAGAGGUGGAGGAGUUUGAGGAUAAUGGGAAAUUUUUUAAGUUCUACUGUGAUCCAACGGAAAUGCUUAAAGUUGUCACGAAACUCCAAUCCCUGAACUAUACAGUCCAGUCAAUGGACGAGGAAUUCACCCCGAACGUCAUCAUAAAAAUCAGUGAAGACGAUUCAAAAAAAAUUGAUGCUUUAUACAGAAAGCUCAAUCAAUUUGAGGAAAUAAUAUCAAUCCAUCACAAUAUCGACUUUGGCGACGAAGAACAGGAAGCAGAGUCUGUGCGUUAAUUAAUUUCAAUAAAAAUGUUAAUGAUUCAAUAACAAAA